CUCCGAACAUUUUGCAUUCCAUCCUAUCUUAUCAGUCAGACAGAUGAUGGCACCCACUAUCCAUAUCAGGCCAAUCUCAGCGUCUAAACAAGAUAUAAAAUAAACCAAUAUAUGUAUAAACAAUAAAAAUAUAUUUUUACCGUCAUUUGUCUAGAUUAUCGUGUAGUAUUCUGUGGUGAAAUCUUUCAAAAUGAUGUUAUCUUGUUGGCAGAUAUUAGUAUUGGCCUCGGUAGCCAUGGCAGCCCCACAGGAUAGAUAUGUUCACGUCGUUGAUAACACAGCUGGACAGAUCGUAGAUCCUGGUUUUUACCAACCCUCGAACCCAAACCUAGGAACUGGCCCACUUGUUGAUCCCGGCUUCUACCAGCCUUCAAAUCCCGACCUGGGAACUGGCCAGAUUGUCGAUCCUGGCUUCUAUCAACCUUCAAACCCUAACCCCGAAUACCAGCCCAGUCUCUAUCCUAACCCCGGAUAUCAGCCAAGCCUUUACCCUAAUCCCGGAUACCCACCUAUCAGCACUGGACCGGCCUUGGUGGAAGAUCCGCCAGCACCUCAUUGGAGUCAAACUCUGUAUCCGUCUGGAGGAGUCGCUCGAAAUGCCCAGUAGAAACAUUUCUGUUACAUAUUACUGCUGCGACCAUGAGGACAGCAUGGACAUGAGGCCAAAACACCAUACUAUAUAACAUGAUAUUUAUCAUAUAUAUAAAAUAAUCUUUAUAAAAUAAAAAUAUUACCAAUAUAAUGUAUAAUAAAAAAAAUAUAACUAUAUUUUUA